AUGAUAUUACUCGCUGCGAUAAAUAUAAUUACGAAUAGAAAAUUAUUCUUAUUCUAUUUUAGACGAAAAGAUUAUGUGUAUUAUUGGGAAUCAAAUGAACCAAUUUCUUCACAAAUACAAAAAGAAAAUUACCAUUUAGUUAAACAUCUUUAUAUUUGUAGUGAAGAAAUAAAAGAUAAUUAUCCAAGUUAUUUUCCAAAUGUUAAUCAAUUAACUAUUAAAUAUCAUUUUGAAACAUUAAAUGAUUCAAUUCCAAAACCACUUCGUCAUAUGAUUCCUUUAAAAUAA